CAGGUUCACACCGCGGUCGCACCCUUUCUCUCCCCUCUUUCUUCCCCUCCCUCCACCCCCCGCACUCCAGUUCACUCGAGCACGCAUCGCCAGCGCCACCCCUCCUCCUCCUGCUCUAUCCUCCUCCUCCUCCUCCGUCGCGGGGGCCGGCGCGGGUGGGAGGACCCAUCCCUCCGACCGGAACUCGAUUGGGUUCUCCGUUCGUCGCUGUGGUGAACAGGCGACGGGACAGCGAUAUGAGGCAGUGGUUUUGUUGUAACUGCCACUUCGAUGAUGAGGAAGAUGGGCACAACAAGGAGCAGUCCAAGGCUCAGAGCAAUAAGAUAGACCCGAAGCAGAAAUCUUCGAAGCCUCCUGUUACUCAACCUGAGCCAGAGAUCUCCCCUCCUACAAUUGAUGUCCCUGAAUUGUCAUUGGAUGACUUGAAAGAAAAGACUGAUAAUUUUGGAUCGAGUGCCCUGAUUGGUGAAGGUUCUUACGGACGAGUAUAUCAUGCCACUUUGGAUGAUGGGAGGCAAGCAGCAGUUAAAAAACUCGAUGCAUCUGAAAAUGAACCUAAUGAUGAGUUCUUGAAACAGGUCUCACUGGCAUCAAAGCUAAAACAUGACAAUCUUGUUGAGAUGUUGGGUUACUGUGUGGAGGGAAAUUACCGUAUACUGGCAUAUGAAUUUGCAACCAUGGGUUCGCUUCAUGAUGUUUUGCAUGGAAGAAAAGGUGUUCAAGGUGCACAGCCUGGACCUGUGCUUGACUGGAUGCAGAGGGUCAAAAUUGCUAUUGAGGCUGCAAAAGGCAUAGAAUAUCUGCAUGAGAAGGUUCAGCCUUCAAUCAUCCAUCGGGACAUCAGAUCAAGCAAUGUACUGCUGUUUGAGGACUUCAAGGCAAAAAUUGCAGACUUCAAUCUUUUAAAUCAAGCACCAGAUAUGGCAGCUCGCCUCCAUUCAACUCGUGUAUUGGGAACUUUUGGAUAUCAUGCACCAGAAUAUGCUAUGACUGGCCAGCUGACACAGAAAAGCGAUGUCUAUAGCUUUGGUGUAGUCCUUUUAGAACUUUUGACUGGAAGGAAACCAGUAGAUCACACAAUGCCUCGAGGACAACAAAGUUUAGUCACUUGGGCUACUCCAAGAUUAAGUGAAGACAAGGUCAAGCAAUGUGUAGAUCCCAGGUUGAAGGGAGAAUAUCCUCCAAAGGGAGUUGCUAAGCUCGCUGCAGUGGCAGCUCUAUGCGUGCAAUACGAAGCAGAGUUCAGGCCCAACAUGAGCAUUGUUGUGAAGGCGCUUUCUCCUCUCCUUCAACAAAGACCUGCACCGACCGCCUCAGAGCCAGCCCCAGAACCUGCCAGCUGAGACCAGUCGCAUGCGAUCGGACCUCUCGGCACCAAUCGCAUGCGAUCGGACCUCUCGGCACAAGCCAUGUUGGAAUCGAGCACAUUCUGUGUGUAAUUGAGUGUGUUUUGGAUGUUCGUUUUGUAGCGUUCCCAAUUGGAUAAAGCAUACAUGAAGUUGCCCCUGCCGUUCGUGGCCGCCUAGGUAGGUUCGCUGCUUUUAUAUUGGCGCCGUACAAUGGUAUGUAGUAGGGUCGAAGUUUUCUUUUCCCUUUUUUACCAACUCUGUAGGUUUAAGGGACUCGCCGUGUUUGGAAGAAUAGAAUGAUUUUCCGUCUGCUGCAUGAUAUCAUUGCUACCUUUGUUCGUUUU